AUGGUCCACCCUUUAAAUGAUAAGAAAAUAAUAGAAAUUUUAGAAGGAUUAUCAUUAUUAGAUGAAAUAGAAAUAAAGAAAUCAGUUAAUUAUUUUAAAAAUAUUUGUAUUAAAAAAGAAGAGGAGGAAUUAGAUUUCAAAACUAUUAAAAGUUUAUUACAACCAAUUGUCGAAUUAUUAAAGAAAUGGAAUACAAUUAAAGAUAAAAGUAUAAUAUCAACAGCAUUUGAAGGUAUUUCAUCAUUAAUUGAGGAAAUUGGUGAUGAUGAAGGAAUUGCACCAUAUUUAGUUAAAAUUGGAUUUAUCAAAACCAUUUUAGAAAUUCUUGAUAAAACAACAGACUCAUUAUCAACCUAUGCUGAAUUAAAUUCAACAACAUUGAAAUGUAUUGGUGAUUUAAUUUUACAUUGUGAUUAUUUAAUAAAGAAAUUUAUUGUCGAUGGUUAUUUAACAAUUGUUUCAAAACUAUUAGUGAAAUCGAAUCAAUCUAAAACUAUUGGGGAUUGUUAUUGGACAAUUUCAAAUGUGCUUGCAUCGAUUGAUGAUAAAUUACUUCAAAAACUCAUUGACAGUGGUAUCAUUGCCAAUUUGGUAAAGCAGCAAUUAGAAUCACAUCAAAAUUUACAAUAUAAAAUUAAUGAUAGAAUCAUCACUGAUAUGUAUUGGUGUGUUUCAAAUUCUUUAAAUCCUGCAAGUAAUGAACAAUUUAAAUUUUUCAUUUCACAUUAUAAAUAUUUACAAUAUUUACAAUCUGUUAAAAAACAGUUAAAAGAGGUAACAGUAAAAUACUAUUAUGAUACAAUCAUCCAAAUCCUUGUAAAAACAUUACAAGUUUGUCAAGAAGAACAUUCUUUAACUUUUUAUAAUAAUUUCAUUGCUGAUUCUUUCAUUAUUUCAAUACUUGAACAAAAUGAUAAUAAUUUUUUAGAUGGAAGAAGAUUUAAUAUUAUUGAAGAUAAUUUAAUGUUUUUAAAUAGUUUUGUUGAAAAUUUUAAAUAA